CGGUGCCGCAAGAGGAUGGUGGCGCUGCUGUGCCGACCAGCAGUGGCCAAGAUGGCGACGCCCAGUGAGCUGUCUAUCGAGGAGAUACGCAAAUAUUUAUUGGAAAACGGUGGCACCGCUCGUAAUCACGACGUAGUGAAGCACUUCAAGAAGUUCCUAACAGACCCAGAAACGCGAGUUGAGGCACGGAAUCGGUUCAAGGAGUACGUGAACACCCUCGCUACGAUAAAGAACGAAGAGGGUGAGAAAUACUUAGUGCUCAAGAAGAAGUAUCGUGAAAAUUCAUUGGAACUGACGAUCCCAGAGCCGUACGAAUCGCCCAUCGCUAGCCCUGACAUAGCUGCACCGGUUUCUCCUUUACGAGUUCCACCACCUUAUAGGCCUCCGCCACCCGCACCCCUGAGUCCGUCGGUGAAUAACGCGAGCACGCACGAGGAGUCGUGUUCGAAUUUCGCACGCGAAGAGACCGCGAUCGACGCGCGAAGAAAUGGAGUCGAUCCCGACGAGACCGGAUUUUCAACGUCGUCGCCUCCCGUACCACCACGCCGUAAAAGUCAAGAUAAGAUCAAGAUCGAGAAUAAGGAGAACGUCGACAGGAACAGGGGAGGAUCGGAGGCGGUUAUCAAGGAAGAUGAGGCUGUACCGGCGAGUCCCGGCUCAACCGAGCAAUUAAGCUUUCGCGAGCGGAUGCAACGUUUCAACCGGAUGGCUAGCGAAACCGAUCUUCAGGGCAGAUCGAACGGCGCUAUCACACCUACUAAAAAGCGAUCAGACAAGGGAGCAGACGAGGAUGAUAGUGCUUCCGUUGCCUCGCAACUGGACGGGAAGUCACGUGAGUGGUUGGUCAGAGCGGCGCAGGGGGAUUAUCAGGCAUUGGCGAAAUUAGCCGCGGAAGAACCUCGACUCACUCGGCUCAAGGAUCCAACAUCCGGCUAUACGGCUUUGCACUGGGCGGCCAAACACGGCGACGAGAACAUCGUGAAACUGAUUGCGGGCACGUACAAGGAUUACAUCAAAAGCGUGAACGAGACUACGAACGGGGGGUAUACGCCGUUGCACAUCGCUAUGCAGUUCGACCAUGAGAAUAUCUUCAAUCUGUUGGUCCAGGUUUAUGGUGCUAACCAAGAGGUACGCGACUACAGUGGAAAGAAGGCCAGACAGUACUUGGUCUCUCAGGAGGCCGCUGUCAGUCACGACACCUUUCGCAGUGUAUUCCGUGUGAGGAUGACAAUGCGAUUGAAAAUAGACGGCAGGAUAUGGUGUUUCGGGCUCUGUCCUCCUCUGUCCUCUGUUCUCGAAAUAAAAGCAAGGAAAAAGCAUGCAGAGAAAGAUCUUGGUUUCCUGCGUAUUGGCUCGCUGAACGUACGCGUGAAACGUACGACGGAAGCGUUCAGCCAGUUCCUGGGUGUGGCAACUAACAGCGGCAGCAGCAACCACGAGAAGAUGCACAAGAGCUGGGGAUCGGCGGAUAAUGUGCAGUUGGACCAGAAGAUGAUGCCACCACCAAAAUACGCGCCUAUUAAGAAAAUGAGGAGCCGACGAAUGCAGGAUUUUAGCUCGUCACGGGAUCACGAAGCUGCUAGUCAGCCGAGUACUCCGCUGCUCCAGGGCAAGGUUUCCCGGACAAGUCAGUCGAUACAUCGUCGACCAACGUCCACGACGGCUGUCAGUUCCGCCGUGUCCAGGACCCAACAAAGCAACGACUCGGAUUCGGAUACGGCGUGCGGUUUCGAUUCCGCAUGGAUAGGAUCCGCGCAACUUUAAAACGUCCUUAAAAAUAGGAACAAAAGCUCCGCUGUAUAAUUGUGUAUUUUGUCUUUAGUCCUUUCCAAAAUGAGAAAACAGAAAUUGGAGGUAUAUCAUUUGAUGGGGAAAAAUGAUGUAAUAGUACAGAUUCGAAUAGAGUUAAUUUAAGAAAUUGAUGCGAAUGGAAGGACUUAAGAAAUAUUCUAACAAUGGGUGUACGAAUGAUGCUUGCCCUAUUGCCAAAUGUUGUGCUCUCUGUUAUAAUUAUUACUGUCAUUUCUAUAAGUGCCUUAUUUAUGUAAUGUCUGAUAAUGAGAGCUUUAGGUUUGACGAUGCUGUUUAUACUCAAAUCUAGUAUCUACAUAUUCUUUUCUAAACGUAUACGAUCUAAAUUUUUCUAUGCACACAGGGUACAUCGCGGUUUCUAUGCACACAGAUUUUUGUAUAAUAUAAUUAUUCCAUUUAAGAAUACGAAUAAGUCGAUGUAAAUAUUUAUCUAAUUCUAAAUUAGGAGUAAAGUAUUGUAAUUUACAUGCUAUAAAGAAAUACAUUAAUUAUUGAACUAUAAAAUAUCCCAAGCAAAUUGUAUAAAUAAUUAUUUGAAGUAA